GUAGUUUCAAAAUUAUAAAUUAAACCCUUUAUAUUGGUGCCUAUUCUGAUUUGAUUCAAUCUGCAAAAAGAUGGGUAAAAAGAAAGAAAAGCUCGCUGAAGAUCAACCCUUGGAAGAAACUCCACAGGAACCUAAGAAGUCCAAAAGAGAAAAACGCAAACCCCCAUCGGAAUCCAACGACCAACAACCGACGACGGAAGAUGAACCAUCGACCAAGAAGUCCAAACUGAUUAACCCGGGCAAGCAGCCUAUCGCGGCCGGAACGACCAUCGACCAAGCCCUACUGGUCAAUCCGGCUCUCAAGUUGAACAAGAAAACCCAACGGGGGAAAAAGCGGGAAAAGCACGCCAAAAACGAGGACGAACGAAAGGAAAAGGCCAAGGAGCGCGAGAAGGAGGAAGUUCGCCAGUAUCUCCAGACGUGGAACGACGAUCGAGAUCAGUGGAAAUUUCAGAAACUCAAGCAAAUUUACAUCCAGGAGCACGUGUUCGAUGAGGACCACCUGGAUGGGGACAUCUGGCCGCUGGUGUUGGAAUAUGUAUCCGGCACGAAGGGAUCCGGCAGAGAAGGUUUGACCAAAAGGGCGGAAAGUGUAAUUAAAGAGGUAGACCAACAAGCGAAGGACGGCGGCGAUGAGUCCCUGCUAGACGGAAGCAAGUAUCAACGGGCUAGGGAAUUGCUGCAGUAUUUGGGAUGAGUUCGGGUUGUUUCAGGAGAAAAUAAA